UGUAUUAAUUUCUUGGUGCGUUGUCCUUGAUAAGAAGAGUACACAUAAAAUCGAGUUUUUAAAUUCCUUACGUGGCGUUUUGACAUUUCUGGAAAUCUCCUUUACCCCUUCUACCGAUAGAAACAGUUGCACAUAAAUACAGGCGUGGAUGGGACUGUUAUUCAGUUGCAGCAAAACAUACGAGAGAGACGUGCAAAGGGAAAACUUACUGCGACAUUUCUUUUUUAUUUCUUAAAAAUAUCAAACGUGUGAGAGUUUACAAGAUAAACGAAGUAAUCAUUACUUUGAAGUAAAUUUUAUAAAAACAAGAAGAAGAAGAAGAAAAAAUAAAAGAAUAAUUAUGACGCCUCUACUACCAUUAUUAUUCUCUGCUUGGUGGACAGAUUUAGAUCGGCCUUAUAAGCUGAUGGAUCAGAAUUUUGGAUUAGGCUUGUAUCCUGAAGAGUUUCGAAUAAUAGACAGAUUUUAUCCAUUGCCUCUUCCUAAUAGGGCUGUUUCAGAUCUGUAUUACCGACCGUGGGCUAAUCUCUUUAAAUUGGAUGAUCAUGAUGGUAUCAUUAACAUGGAUAAGCAUACCUUCAAGAUCAUGAUAGAUGUACAUCAAUUCAAACCUGAAGAGAUCAGUAUAAAGGUCGUUAAUAGAUACCUCGUUGUCGAGGGUAAACACGAAGAGAGGAGGGACGAACAUGGUUUCAUUUCGAGACAAUUCGUCCGUAGAUAUUUGCUUCCUAAUCAAGUAGAUGCCGAUAAAGUUUCCUCGUAUAUAUCGACCGAUGGAAUAUUGACCAUCACAGCACCUAUAAAAGGGAAUCUGGUAAAAACAAAUGAGGAAAACAUUAAAAUUGAAUUUAUCGAUAAACCGACAAUAAAACGUAAAAACGGUGAAAAGGAAAUUAUAGAGGAAAGUAAUAAUCGUGAGGAAAUUACAACCCAAAAAGGUACUACCCAAACGGCAAACACUCCACAGAAAUAAAAAUCUCCAAUAACUACUUUAUAUACCGUAUCAUUCCUCUUAUAAAGUUUAAGACUGAUACACGUUAAUCCCAUUCAAUGAAUCUCUUGUUAAUUAAUAAUUAUUUUUAAUAUUAUCUUUCAAUGUUAUAUAAGCAUUGUAAGCUUUAUAUAGAUAAUAUUAAUAAAAGAAGAUAAUUUACAAAUUUAAA